AUGUUCGACAGCUCGCAGUACCCCUACAACUGCUUCAAUUACGACGCCGACGACUAUCCUGCCUGCAGCUCCGACGAGGAGAAGCGGCUCACGAGGCCCGCGUACAGCUACAUCGCUCUGAUCGCCAUGGCCAUCCAGCAGAGCCCCGCGGGCAGGGUGACCCUGUCGGGCAUCUACGACUUCAUCAUGCGCAAGUUCCCUUACUACCGCGCCAACCAGCGCGCCUGGCAGAACUCCAUCCGCCACAACCUGUCGCUCAACAGCUGCUUCGUCAAGGUGCCACGGACCGAGGGCCACGAGAAAGGGAAAGGCAAUUACUGGACGUUCGCAGGUGGCUGCGAGUCCCUCCUGGACCUUUUCGAGAAUGGCAACUUCCGUCGGCGACGCCGGAGACGCGGUGUGAAGCGCGAGGAGCCCCCGGGGCCCCCAGAACCCGAGGCGGAGGCGGAGGCGCGCGGGUCCCCCGGGAGCCGGCAAGUCCCGCACCACGGGGAGCCUCGGGGUCCCGCCAGCCCCGCCGCCGGGGCUCACAGAGACAUCAAAUUCAGCAUUGACUACAUCCUCUCCUCCCCGGACCCCUUUCCCACACUCAGGUCGCCCUGUCUCACGCAGGAGGCCAGAGGCCCCCCGCCGGAGCCCCAGCCCAUGAGCCUCCACUUUUGGGCAGCGUGA